AAUAAAAUAACAAUAAAAUAACUUUAACAAAGAAGAAGAAACAAUAAGGGGACACGGAGAUAUCCAAGAGCGAGGUAAAUUUUCUGAAAGAUAAUAAUCAAGAGUAGCAGUGUAUUCAGCCAGCACCUAUGGGCAAGUGUAUAUCGAAACACCCCUCCGUCCUAACCAUUGCCUUAUCCGAAAAGGACUUGGCCGCAGCAAACCAAAUUUGGAGUAAGUUUGCCGAGAGCAGCGAAUAUAUUGCUCUCAAGGACGAACAUGGUAAUCAAUUAUGUGAAUAUUACUAUGUGCGCGGCAAGAAGCAGAAGACAAGCGCAAAGGCUAAAGCGAAGGCGAAGACUAGAGGAGCCAAGGAGGCCACAGAGACAACAACGGAUGAGGAUAAUGAUGCGAAGACAAGCAAUGGAGGUGACGCCACAAAGACGGUUAAGCAAAAUCAAAAUUCAAAUGAAAAUCAGCAGCAGCAGCAACAACAGUAUGGCAAGAAGAAGAAGCAGAAGACCAAAAAUAAGAAACGUUCCAACUCGACACAAAAGCAAUCAUCAACGCCAUUGAAACAACAAGAACAAAGUAGUGAAAACAAAUCAAAGCAAAUGACAACAAAUGGUAAUACAACAACAAUAAUAACAAAUACAAAUAAGAAACAAAAUUUUAGAGAAAGGCUGCUAGAAAAUGAUAUUACGACAGCAUUUCAAGAAGUUAAUGCCUAUGAUGCCAACGAAAUAACAAAAACAACAAACACAGGAAUUGCCUACACCAGCAAUGUAAGUGGCUGUGAAUAUUGCACCAUUGUCAGCACCACAGAUGACGAAGACGAUGAUGACGCUGAGGUUGAGAUUGAGACUGAGGCUGAGGUUGAAGUUGAGACCGACGUUGUGACUGAGUCCAUGGAAGUUGUGGUGAAUGAUGUGUGUUGCUGUGAGCAGUUUUCUGGCAGACACACUUAUAGUAAUGCCACUGAAGGUGUUUUUGUUGUGGACAAAAACAGCAACGUAACUGCUGCUGAUGUUCAUAAAAAUCAACAACACUGCUCAAUAUGUAAUUUGUUGUUGCAGCCACAGAGACUAAAUAUUGGCGACGAUAUGCUUGCUCCGGACGCCAAUAAUAAUGCCGAAAUGGCGAAAGAGCUGGAGGGAUAUCACCUAAAGCAACAUAAACAACAACGACAAAUACAACAGCAGCAGCAGCAGUUGUCAGUGGAAGAGCGGGAGUAUUUAAUAAAUGGCGAAGGUGAAGAGUGCAUAGUCAAUAUUGGUGUUGAAAACGCAGUUGACAGAAAUGAUGAUGUUCAAUGUACCAGCGUUGACCUAAGCGUUGGCAAUCUAUAUACCGUUCUUUAUGACGACAUGGCGAGGGGACAAGCAGAGAGUAAAAAGCAUUCGAAGAAACAUGGCGGCGCCAACAACGCCACAGCCGGCACUGGGUUGGGCACGAUAGAGACCAAAGGCACAGCAAUGUCCUUCGGCUUUCGCAAGAAACUCAAUACAACACCGAAGAAAUUCAAGAAAUUGCUGGAAGCCAGUGUGGGUGGUGUGACAGGCGGUGACGCAAAAAAGAAGCAAGACAAGUGCAACAAUAUGACAACAACAGAAACACGAGAUGGUAAUACAACCAGCGAGGAUAGUGAUGAAAAACGAGGAAUUGCGUUCAACGGAGCUGACAAUAUGCACGUGCAACAACAACAACAACAACAACACCAACAACAACAACAACAACACCAAGACGAGCAGGACAACAAUGGCAACGCAGAGCUUUUGGCGAAGGUACACUUUGAGAAAAUGGGCGCGGCGGCAGCAACAACACAGCGGCACUCCAAUCAAGCUGCCGUGGCUGGCGGUGGCGGCCAUUCAGGGAAUUUGCCUGGCGUUGCUUCGCGUUUUGGUUUUCGCGGUGCGAAUUUGGUACGUCCGGCAUCAGCUGGUAUAACGCAGCGAAGCUAUCAAAUGGAGCUGCAGGAAAAUACGGAAAACAACAACAACAAAGGGGGAAACAAUGCAACCGACCAAAGAAGUGGUGGCAGCGGUGUGUGCGGCACUAAUGGACAACAAAAACCGCUUGUGAGCAAUUUGAAGCGCCGCUCGAAGAGUGCACACGCCGGUCGGGCAUUGACAUCGGGCGAUGAGACCAGCGAGUCGGGCAGUUGCAGCGACGCGAACGGCCGCCCAAAAAUAACACAGCCGAAAUCGAUAACGUUUAAUUUGAGUCAGAACAGCACAAUCGAAUAUCAGCGGCGACAAUUUUUCGAGCAGCCCAGCACUGCAUACGGCAGCUAUGGCAGUGGACGCGCCAGUACCACCAGUUGGACACACCAGCCAGCGCAUCAGUCGCGUAGCGUCAUCAAUACGGGCAUGCACACAAAUGUUAUUGUCCGUCCCACGCCACGUGCACCACCAGCCAGUUUCUCAAAGUUCACUCUACACACCGUGAGUUUGCCCAAGCCUGAGUUUCCAGUGGCCAUUAGUGUGGGUGCCACAACACCAACUACACCAGGUAGCAGCAUCUACACACCAUCACCUACCAUGACCACUAAUUUGUUGGGUGGAGCACGUGCCAAGGAGAACCAGCAGCAGCAACAUCCUCUGACAGUGGUGGCCUCUGCCACUGUAUCGCAUACAGCACUCGGACAUAUUGAUCUGAAGACGGCCAAGCAGAUGGCUAACAAUACUCGUCGUGGCUUCUCGGGUAGUCGUGAGAUCUCUGCUGAUUCGGGUAUCGCCAGUAUGGACAUGGCGCUGGAUAGCUCAGUUUCUAGCGGUGGUGGUGGCAGUCGCGCUGGACGCACAGCCUCACCCAAGCGCAGCCGCAGUCGUCCGCGCAAUCUGCAAAUGGUCAUGAAUGGGCGCCACAAAUUCGAAGUGCGCGAUCUGGAUGAUCCGUUGUCAAGUGAGUCAAGCUCUAUUGUAGAGCCGUUAGCCUUACCAAAGUUACCGACUGAGAAUCAGACUGCACCACUGCCUCUCUGCGGCUUGGUGCGUUCAAAUACUGUGCUCAGCCGGGAGAGCUAUGAGCGACAGAGAACUGAGGCCGGCGCAAAUCAGAGUUCAAAAGCGGUUGAUGCGGCUAAGCCACGUCCUACCACUGCGCCUGCUCAGUGUACUAUAACACGGAACUCAUCGGAAGAAAGUGAAGGCGUGGAUGAGGAAAAACUUUACUUGGAUCGUUCCACUUCGGAGAAGGGCAGCAGGUUCAAGGACAUAAACACAUGCUCGAGCAAAACAUCUUCGCCCGGUAGCUCCAUAAUGCUCUCAUGGUGUAAUGCUGGCGAAUCUCUAGCCGUGAAAGACUGCAGCAGUCUCAGCAUUAGCAGCGAAGAUAGCAACAAACUCCUUGAGAAUAGGCAGCAUGAUAAGGACAUAGACACGGAAAAGAAUGAACUGUUUAAGGCUAAGCAAAUGUCGGUCGAUUUGAAUGACGACGAUAUUAGUGGACUUGUUACUGAAAUGCAAACAAGCACUUUAUCCUCCUUGACAGAAAACUUGCCGAACACAAACAAUAUUCUCCUACCAAACAUAUAUACAACGCUACAAAACAAAGCUGACAACGCAACCUUCCCUGAAAACUCCACUGACGAUAAACCCGAACGUCCGAAAUCGUUCUACAACUCCCUGAAUGAAACGAAAUUCGCCGAAAUGGCCUUAGCAGGCAGCACUUACUUAUUGGACGACGAGACCUCACCCACAGACAGCUUGGUGAGCAGCACGGAGUCUGAGGAGGCGGCCAGCAAGCAGAAAAAGCACAAAAUGAAUGAAGAAUUGCAAGAGAAAGACAUCGAUGAGAUUUCACCCGAACUCGAAAUGGGCAGUCCCAUUUCACCGGGCACACCCACACACGCCUCACACUCACUAUCACUUUCAGAUUGCGGUAACUUGAUUGAUGAUGAGAUUGCCGACCAACCGGCGCUACUAUUCAACAGCGAAGCACAUGAUCUGGUCGAUAGUUUAGCUUCACACAAGGAUAAGACAGAUACGCCUACGCUAAUGGAAAACACUGGUUCGUUGCGUUCGCUAAAGAGUCAGUCGAAGGCGCGCAGUGCUCUGCAGCAAGCAAUUGAGUUGAGCUUGCGUACGCCACUCUCGCUACGUAAGGCCGUAAUGGAGCGUGCAGAUUCGCUUGAUACACUCUCGCCGUGUGAGUCGAUUUGUUCAGACGAUCUCAUGAUGGACUUCGAUAUACACAGCAGUGUGGACUCAAUCGAUCGAUCUAGUUCGAUUAAAAGUCGCAGUGGUUCCGACCUACAUAAAAUUGGCGACACUGAAUUAUUUUCGGAGCUGGAACGUAAGGGUAGUGAUGUUAUGAAAGAACUGAAUUCGAUUUUACGCAUGCGCAACAACCGAAGCGCCGAAAAGGAUACAGUCACCGCCCACUUGCCCGCACGCGCCACACGCCUGCUGAAUCGUUCGCGCCUACAACAACAACAGUAUCCCUCCUCUAGCGCCAGCGGCGUAGCCACAUCUGCUUCAAUAGCGGGUAUUUCUGGCGGUGGCGGCGGCGGAGCGGACUCUGACAGCUCCAAGUCAACGCAUAGCCUACGACGUAGCGCCGCCGCUUCACGCGCCUCGAACGCUUCCACGUCAUCGACGAACGCUUCACAACCGCCAAACAGCCAAUACCAACAGCAUCAUCACCAUCAUCACCAUCAUCAGAAGCCAUUCCAACAUCACUACUCACAGUUGCAUCGCGAUUCGCACAGCUCGUCCGACGAUCUAAUGUUAUACGAUAAAUCGUUUCGCAAUGCGAUGAUUCAGGAUGUUUUGCAAUUCAAAAAACAGUUAUUGCGACUUAGGCGCAUACUGCAGGAUGACGAAGAGCAUUUGAUGAGGACGGAGACUCUCAACCCAUUCGACAGUGACAAUGGGCAACUCUUCGCCGCCUGCGGCUUGGAUAGUAAGCUAUUGGAUGACAUGGACUUGGCCAGCUUGACAACAUCGACCACAGAUGAUCCGUUGGUGGAGUUAGCCGAUCUACGAAGACAGGUGGUUUACCUUCAGGGUGAAGUGGAAGAUCGUGAACGUACAAUACGUUUGCAAAAAAAUCAAAUUGAAAAUUUGGAAUCAAAAAAGCCGCCAAUAAAAAAUGAAAACACAAAAGAAUUGUUGAAUAUAGCAACGCAAACGGAGAGGACACGACCAUUUUCAUAUGGCCCAGAAGGACUGUCAAGAAGUAAACCCGAGUACACCAGCUAUACGACUCGUUAUCAUUCCGUUGCUUGUUGUGAUAACAACAGCAUUUGCAACUGCGCCAACAAAAACAACAACAGCAAUAAUAACAACAGUUUAUGCACACAACAAACACAUACAUGUUGUUCCUGCAAUGGCAGCAAUAAUAACCUACCUGCAAGCGCAACAGAAGCAUCAGCAGCACAGCAACAACAAAUACGUCGCCACACAAUCAUCUCUACCACACUGAGCAAUUACAAUCAACAGUUAGCAUUGGCCCCGCGACGUGCUUCGAUCGCGUGGGAAAAACCAACAGCAACAGCAGCUGCAACAACACCCACGCUGACCCAACAGUCGUCAGCAGCAAGCACACACGCGCCACCACCAACAUCAGCCGUUGCUACAGUCAACCAUAUUUACAAACCCGUUAAAAUUACACUAAUCGGAGAGCCAUUGAAGCAAUGGCAAUGGAAUGCUGUUGGCAAUGGCAAGACAAUAACCGAAAGUAAUGGCAAUGGCAAGUGUGAAUUGAGCAAUGGUGAUAAAAAUAGGAAGAAUGUAAGCAACAGCAGCAGCAGUAAUGGCAGCAGCGUCAAUGGCGGUGGCGGAGGGAGUGAUGGCAGAAAUGAGGGUAUUUGCAAUGGUCACAGUAAUGGUGUGGGCAAAGCGGUUAGCAACGGUUAUACCAAUGGAAAUAGCAGCAAGGCAAAUGGUUGUAACGGUAUCACGAGUGUUGGUGUUGUUGGUAAUGGAAAACCAAAAACAGUGUCUUCUGAACCAAAUCAAAAUCAUGACUUUUCGAAUAAUUGGCAACAACAGCAAACACAUGUAGAACUGUCAAAUAAAAAUGCCUACAUACAACAACACCAGCAACAACAAAAGCCAUUACAAGUCUAUCAACCAACAAAUGGCAGUAGCAACGGCAAUUUCAAUCCAACAGUUACUAUAGUCUGAGCGCGAAUGUUUUUGUAGUUAGUAAUGUAAUGACUAUUAUUAAUAAUGACAAGUAUACAUGCACACAUACAGAUAUUAUUAUACUAAACUUCAUGUUAAGAUAAGUUUUGAAACAAUUUCCAGAAAAAAAAAUGGAAAAUUAGAGUAAAGAAAAAAUAUCUACUUUAUUUUAAACACAUACGCAUACAAAUAUUUACAUGCAUAUUUAUAUCUAAUGUAUUUGUUGUCGGUCAAGUAAGCAGGAAAACGGCAGUGAAGAGGAAAAAUAGAUUAGGUUCAUCAUAAAUUCUCGAUAAAGGAAGAUUUCGAGUAGCUUUUUUUUUUCAUUAAACUUAUAUGUUUAAUUUUGUCCUAUUU